AUGUCUACGAUCACAUCCGUUUCGACGUCCAACGCGCCCUCAGCCAUUGGGCCCUAUUCCCAAGCCAUCAAGGCUGGCGAAUUCGUGUUUGUUUCGGGUUGCAUUCCUCUCGUACCUUCCACGAUGCAGAUCGUCGAAGGCGGUAUCGAGGAGCAGACCAAGCAGGCCCUUACAAACCUCAAGGCUGUUCUUGAAGCCAGUUCCAGUUCAGUUGGCAAGGUCGUCAAGACUACGGUGUUCCUGAAAAACAUGGAGGACUUUGCCACCGUCAACAAAAUUUACGAGGAAUUCUUUAGCAGCUCGGAACACAAGCCGGCACGUUCAGCUGUCGAAGUCGCUCGACUUCCGAAAGAUGUUUUGUUCGAGAUCGAGUGCAUAGCAGUGGCAAACAAGUGA